AUGUCUGGGGAGGGAUUCAGCUACAAAGCCGGUAAGUACCCUAAUAAACCCGGUAAGUACCCUAGCACCUCUUUGCUCGAGACCAACUGUGCAUACUUAUGUCCUAGUGACUAUGCUGCAGUUCUUGGCAACGAGAAGUCUGAUAACGUCUACCUUGAGAGGAACGGCCACGUCGUCCUAGUGAGACCAGGAAAGGACAUCGGAUCAGCUACAGCCCACCAUGACCCCGUGCCCAAGGUUCCUCAGGGUGUGAUCCUCCUAUCACCGUUUCAUGAGACAAAGUGGGCGCCUUUGGACAAUACUCCCAUCACUGUGUCACGGUCCAAGUUUGACGCUACUGCCAGGGCCAUCGCUGUGGUAUUCAUGAUCAAGCCAAUGGUUAAACAACAAAAGCCGGUAACCAUAAGCACGGCAAAUCUCAACGCCCGUAUUACAGAGAAAUUUGUCCACCUCCCUCUCGCUAUCGGUCAGGACCUUGCCAUUAGUGACGGUUCUGACUUCUUCAUCUUGAUGGUUGUUGGCAUGUUUGGCGACAACAGGGAGAUAGUGAGCGACGAGACCACGCUUACUUUCUGUACCGAUACUGCAACAAUCUUCCAGACUCAAAUAAAGGAAAUAGAGCUCACCGGGGAGUACGCAAUCGCAGAAGUCUCUGCGGUGGCUAAGGCGCUGAUGAAUCUCAUCAGCGACACGUCUGAGAAGAAUGAGCAGGGGGGCAUAAUCAACGCAGAAAGCUUAGGAAUAGGGGGCCUUAAUAAGCAGUUUAAGGACAUAUUUAGGCGCGCGUUCAUGUCACGAAUAUUUCCACCGGACAAGUUAGCAAAGCUUGGCCAGACACACGUCAAGGGUCUCCUUUUGUACGGACCACCUGGAACAGGAAAAACGUUGACAGCCAGGAAGAUUGGCGAGUUGCUGAACGCGCGGCCUCCAAAGAUGGUUUCCGGUUCAGAGCUUCUAGAUAAGUACAUUGGUGGGUCGGAGCAGAAGGUGCGCGAUCUGUUCAGCGACGCGUUUAAGGAGUGGAAAGAGCGCGAGAAUGCAUCCGAGCUCCACAUAAUCAUUAUCGACGAGCUUGAUGCAGUAUGCAAGCAACGAGGCAGCAAGUCGGACAACACUGGAACAAUGGACAGCCUGGUUAACCAGCUACUUGCGAUGAUGGACGGGCCCGACGCGCUUGGUAACGUGCUCGUGGUUGGUAUGACCAACAGGAAAGAGCUUCUGGACGAGGCUCUGAUGCGUCCCGGCCGCUUUGAAGUGCACCUGGAGAUUGGUCUUCCCGACUGCAGAGGAAGAGAGCAGAUUCUGAGGAUCCACACUAAAAACCUGGUUGCUGCCAAGUCUCUUGCAAGCGAUGUCAAUAUCGCACACCUCGCUGAGUGCACUCCUAAUUUCUCUGGCGCUGAACUGGCAGGUCUUGUUAGGUCUGCUACAUCCUUUGCCAUGGAGCGUGCUAUUGAGAAAACAAAGUCGGUGGGUCCUAACAAGUUACUCUAUUUGGACAUGAUUGGCGUCCAAGUGGAGGCAAAGGAUUUUGAAAGGGCCCUGGGGGAGGUUAAAGCAGGAUACGGCCAGGCAGACCGCACGCUGCUAGAUGCUGCAGCGCCUCUAGGUAUCCUCAAGGCUACCGGCUACGAGUCUGUCGUCCAGCAGGCUGUGUCUUUUGGAGAGGCUGUCCUAAACAGCAGUAUUACCACCGGCGCUAUGCUGCUUGCAGCGCCUGCAACUGGAACUGGUUGUACAGCUCUAUGCUCUGUUAUUGCGAAGAGGCUUGGAUGUGAGUUUGUUCGAAUUAUCUCUGCAGAGCAGCUUGUUAUGAGGACUUCGACAGAGUAUGGACGUGCGGACCUUAUAUGUCAAAUCUUUGAGGCAGCCUACAGGGUCCCGCGCGCUCUAAUAAUUCUGGAUGGCAUAGAGUCCAUCAUACAGUAUACGCCCAUUGGCUUCCGAUUCUCCAGUACUGUCCUUCAGACCCUCACUGCUCUUAUUCGUAGACCAACCCAGCCUGAUCACCGACUCGUUGUCCUCGGCACUACUACGCACUUGAAAGCAAUGAGCGACGUUGGGUUUGCAGGCGUUUUCAAUCAGGUUUGCAACAUUCCAUCCCUCACCCCCGACCAAGCCCUCUGCGCGCUCUGUGAAUACGCCACUGUUGCCCUCGAUCUAGAGGAAAAGCGAAACGCUGCCCACCAAGUUAGCGUGAGAUACUAUCUCCAACCCAAUCCCGUCGAGUAUGAGGCGUAUGCUGUAUACAAGCUCUUUUUGGAGAGGCAAAAGCGACGUAUUCCUAUCACGAUCCGUAGCGUGCUAUUUGCUUAUGAACUAGCGAAGACCGCUGUUCGAAAAGAUGCGCUCUCUCGUAACCCCAAUGCGCAACAGGCCGUGAUCACCGACUCCGUAAUGGCCAGGACAUUAAAUGCAACGCUACUCUGA